UGUCACCGCGUUGUUAUGGAGACUGGUUGUUUAAAUCACUAGAGUAUUUUGCUCUUUGUUUCACUCUCAGUGAGUUUUUGAUAAACGGGGUUAACGUUUUAAAAAAUGUCGGACCGAGUGGACAUUUUAAGAGAGCUUAACAAACAUUUGUUGAACCAGUUGAAGCAGCAGAGAGAGAACCUGGAGCGACUGAGCGGCUGCAGUCAGAGCCGCAAGAGGGAGAGAGAGGACGAGGCUGGGGAAAGGAGAGACCCCGAGGAGACCCAAACCCUGACCCAAGGAGACCAGGGAUCUGCCCGGGCAGCCCUCUCCAAACCUUCCGUGAGAUUUGCCGAUACACGUGAGAGACAAACAGGCACCCAGAGCUCUGGUUCCACACUGUCUUUGACCUACAAACACAAAAAAGGGACUACUCUACAUGCAACAUCAUCAGACCUUUUCAAGGACAGCAACAACGUUCAUCCUCUGGUCCACAGCAGGCUGCAGGAUACGAGGCCAGCCAUCAGCAAGUCCUGUCUAGUAAAUCAAAGCAAAGAACAGGGGGAUGUGCAGAGUCGAGUCACAUGUCAGUAUGAUGAAUGCGAAGAGAUAUCUGCCUCAGACAGGCAUCAUUUGCAGCCUUUGCUCGGGUAUGACUGGAUAGCAGGAGUCCUGGAUGCUGAGGACUCCUUGAUAGAGCGCCCUGACGAGUUCUUCAAUGACCUGCGCACAUUUCGAUCACUUAAUAAAGACGAGUGUGUUCACAGCCCACAAGCGGAAUUUCCUGAGGAGUACCAAUCAGUCCUGCCACCGCUAACCAACAAACAUGGUCCAGAGGCCAGCACUGAUACCCAUCAAUGUACGUUCUCUUACAGGAUUAACAGCAGAUUGUUCCCCAUCCCACUUCACUCUAAGGAGUGCUGCCCUGUGUGCAAAGAGCUCAAAUCCUCCAAGCCUCACACUACUGCUGAUCCGGCUCUCAUUAGGGUCAGCAUCCCUCGCUCCACCCUCUUGCCACCUUACAAAUACAAAGCUCAUCGCCGAUGCAGUUUUGACCCCUCUGAUAGUGUUGGCUUACCAUCGCACUGUCUCUCAGGCUGGUCCAACACAGGUCAGAGCAUGCCGGCCCCCCCCAGCAGCCUCGAUCUGCGGAGCAGUGUGGUUACGUCACAGAACAACGAACUUGAGGAUUUCUCUGCACACAAAGUGUCCGAAAACCAGAUCUGCGAUGUGUCUCGCUUGGCUCGUCACAACUUCCAACACUUCUCCUCAAAAAGAAAACUAGGAAGCACAUCUUACCCUUUGCACUGACAGACAGUCAAAGGCUAUUUUGAAGUGAUUAUAAAAGCUCCUGUGAGCCAUUUGUCCCCACUCAAAACGAUUUCCUCUUUGAUGCUCAUGUAUUAUUCUUAAAUAUGAAACAAACAAACAGUGAUUAAAAGGGAAUGUAACAGCAGUAGUAAGUGCUUUCUCUUUUAAAUAGAUUUAUUUAAAACACGUAGGUAGAUAAUAGAUCAUUUGUCUUUCAAAAUAUGUAACGUGAUGAAAUGUAAUGUAUUGAGUUAAAGAUUGACAUGCCAGGUUCUAGGACUUAUAACAAGCAAAUUUAACACUGAAUGGAAAUGCAUUUAUAUAGCUCUACUUUUACAAAAGUAGGCCAUCUUUACCCAUUCACACACACUCAAACCAAUGGCUAUGUCUUUAAAGGCCAUCUGGGGUUUAGUGUCGUUCCCAAAGACACUUCCACAUGCUGACUCGCUGAGGGAAGAUCAAACUGCUGAUCUUUCGAGUUGGGACAGAUUUAGACCCUCCAUGUGAAUGUCAGCAUUUUUAUGAAGGUGAAGCAACAGCUCAUAACUCAGAAUUGCACAUGGUACAUUUCAGAACAUUAAGGAAGUCAUUUUGAAUCAUCUCUUCUGCCCUUUCCAGCUGUUUGCUUUGGCUCCGACGUUCACGCAUACUUCUGUUUCUAACUUCCUUUGACACUUCCUGACAGUCGGACAGAAGCGUGAUUUACAGGAAACCCCAACAACCUUUACCUAAAGUAGUAAUCCACUUACGACACUUCAGGUUUUCCAAUGUGUCUUACAUAUCUGAAGCAUUAAGUAUAUCAACAUGUCUUGACACGUUUGAUGAAAUCAUCAAAAUGGAACCUAAGUAAAGGAAAUGUCAAUGUUUUGUUAUUCUUUGUGUGAGUCAAUUCAACAGAACCAUUGAAUGCUUUUUUUUAUUUUAGUUCCUGUUGAGCGAGGUAUCUACUUCUCUUUGAAGUUGUAGAACAAACAGCUUGUUCAAAGCAAAGCGUCUGCACUUUGCUCAUCAUCUGAUCAUUAUCUUAUGUCUGGGAAGCUUUGUGUGUGAUGAGGUUAAAUGACUUUUUAGACCACAAGCAGUUCUGAAAGGAAAUGCUGUUUCUGAAAUUCAAACCAUUGUUCUUGUUUCUUAUCUUCAGAUCCUUAUAUUUUAUAUAUGCUUAGCUUUUAUGCUUUUCCCAUUUUUAUUGGACAGCUUUUAUAAAUAGUUGAGUUGAAACUAAACAUCCUAAUAAAAUAUCUCAGAUGUGAGAUCAACAACUUUAAUCAAACAUUAGAGACUUAGUAGUCCUCAAAAGUGCAAUGAAAUUUGAAAGGUUACAGCUGAUUGGUAUUUAUUAAAGAAAGUUAACCAGGGCAUUAACAUCAUUUUUUAAACCAUAAGUGCAGAGAAUAACCAUACCAGUUUAUCAAGGCAUGUUGUAUUGUUUUAGAUUUAAAUUCAAUGCCUUUUUCAACUUUCAGGCAGCCAUAUGUUCCCUUCUGACAAAGAAUAUAAAUAAACAGGAUAUGAAACUUG